CCGGCCCGGCCGGGGGAAUCUGGGGCCGCCGCCGCCGCCAUGGCCGGGGUGUUCGACAUCGACCUGGAGACCGAGGAGGGGAGCGACGGGGACGAGCCCGAGCUGGGGGCGGAGAUGGAUUUGGAGCUGCGAGGGAAUGGCCUGGAGCCGGUGGGGCACUAUGAGGAGAUCGAGAUCUCAGAGAGCAGCGUCAACAAUGGCCCUGAGCGCAUCGGGCCCCACUGUUUCGAGCUGCUGCGUGUCCUAGGCAAGGGUGGCUAUGGCAAGGUGUUCCAGGUACGGAAGGUGCAGGGGACCAAUGCUGGGAAGAUCUUUGCCAUGAAAGUCCUGAAGAAGGCCAAAAUUGCCUGCAAUGCCAAGGACACGGCUCACACCAAGGCUGAGAGGAACAUCCUGGAGGCUAUCAAACACCCCUUCAUCGUGGACCUGAUCUAUGCUUUCCAGACGGGUGGCAAGCUCUACCUCAUCCUCGAGUGCUUGAGUGGUGGUGAGCUCUUCAUGCAGCUGGAGCGUGAGGGCAUUUUCCUGGAGGACACAGCAUGCUUCUACCUGAGCGAGAUCACGCUGGCCCUGGGCCACCUGCACUGCAACGGCAUCAUCUACCGGGACCUGAAGCCGGAGAACAUCAUGUUGAACAGCCAAGGACACAUCAAGCUGACGGACUUCGGACUGUGCAAGGAGUCGAUCCAUGAGGGAGCUGUCACCCACACCUUCUGUGGGACCAUUGAGUACAUGGCUCCAGAGAUCCUGAUGCGGAGCGGACACAACCGGGCCGUGGACUGGUGGAGCCUCGGGGCCUUGAUGUAUGACAUGCUCACUGGAUCGCCGCCCUUCACGGCUGAGAAUCGGAAGAAAACCAUCGACAAGAUCCUCAAGGGAAAGUUGGUGUUGCCACCUUACCUGACCCCUGAUGCCCGGGAUCUACUCAAGAAGUUCCUCAAGAGAAACCCCAGCCAGAGGAUUGGGGGCGGGACGGGCGAUGCAGCUGAUGUGCAGAAGCAGCCAUUUUUCCGCCAAGUCAACUGGGAUGAACUGCUGGCGCGCAAGCUGGACCCACCCUUCAGGCCUUGCCUGCAAUCGGAUGAUGAUGUCAGCCAGUUUGACAUCCGCUUCACUCGUCAGACGCCCGUGGACAGCCCUGACGACGCUUCCAUUAGCGAGAGUGCCAACCAGGCCUUCUUGGGCUUCACAUAUGUGGCCCCGUCGGUGUUGGAGAGCAUUAAGGAGGGCUUCUCCUUCCAGCCAAAGGUGCGCUCCCCUCGCCGCCUCAAUAGCAGCCCCAGAACGCCCGUCAGCCCAUUGAAGUUCUCUCCCUUCGAGGCCUUCAAGCCCAGCCUGGCAGUGGAGCCGAUGGAGCUAGGGAUGCCUCCCCAACCAGAGGGCACGGCCCCCCUGCCCAUCAAGACGCCGACAGGCACCAAGAAGCAGAAGGGGGGCCGGGGCCGGGUGGCAAGGUAGCUUGAGGCAGGCAUGGUGCCCCUGCCUGGGCAGGAGACUCAGCUUGGGCCGGCGGGAGGCUCCCCGUGGAGGUGCCUAGCCUGUCGGUGACCCAUGGGAUGGACAUAGCCCCCUGACAGCUGAGUGAGGCUGGGGGUUGUCGGGGUCCCCAGCCUGGAUGGACUCAGGAGGAGAUGCUUUGUCAGGGCUGCAAUUCCAGCGGGUGGGGAUGCCCCAGCUGGGGAGGGCAGGGGGUGCUGGGCAUGUUCUGACAGCCCCAUGGCCCCCGGGCUGCAGCUCCCACCCAUGGGGCUUUUAACCCUUCCUUGGUGCUCUGUUUUUAUUGCUACAAAUCAUGUUUCGGGUUCAAGGGGCUGAGCACGGUGGGGUGUGUAUGUCAGCGCGAAAUCAUGUUUCGGGUUCAAGGGGCUGAGCACGGCAGGGUGUGUGUGUGUGUGUGUGUCAGGGCGAGAGGACAGCAGAGCGUGGGAGGUAGAGUGUGGCAGGGGCAUUGUCGGGGGGGUCAGUGUGUGUUGGGGAGGGAGCAGAGCAUGGCUGGGGGGCCUGUCUGAAGAAGGGCAUUGUGCAGGGUGUAUGGUAGGGGUUAGGGGUGCUGGGGUGGGGCUCAGAGCCCUGGAAGUCUGGGCGGGGCAGAGCCUGGAGAGGCAUGGUGCAGGGGGGGACAGUGGGGGUACUGAGUAUUAGGGAAGUGACCACGCUCUGCCUUCUCUGGGUGGGAGGGUUCUGGCUUGUUUGCUGUACGCUGUGUCACCUUGUGAGGUGUGGGGGGCAGACAGCCCCUCUCUGGCUGGUCUGUGCCAAUUAAAGCCUGGGUAUGGCUGUG